CAACCGCGUAUAAUUAUCAUGGGUCGCUCCCGCCCUCACGAGACAAUGUCUUUCCUCCCCCCCACACAGAUUCAGAUCGAUCAAUCAAUCAAUCAAGAUAAUUUUUCUGACUCAACUUCGCAAGAACGCAUUCCAGACACUGGCUGCAUACAACUCCGACACACACAUUGGACGAUUACGAUCCAAGUUCACAACUUCACACUUCCAAGUUCUGCGACAGUGUCUCACCAUGCCACUGAACGAUCCCCCCCUCGGGCGGAUGCUGGCAACCCCCUCCGGCUGGUUCGCCAAGCUGCUCAAGCCUUGGGAUCGCGUCGCGAAGCCCAGCGCGUCACUUGUCCCACACACAAAUCCUCGGAUGAUGAUCAAGCCUGUUCGACCUUACUACACCACUUUGGCCAACCGCAUUGGCGAUUCAGUCACCUCAGCGCCCUCAACUCACGACACCUCUUGUCUGGACUCACACUACUUCGACGAGCACCACGCGACCAGCACCCCCAUCAAGCAUCAGCGUGUCGAGGAAGACCUGGUGCCCGGGUUCACGACCAUUGAGCCUCCCACCAAUCUGCGGCCCAUGGAGUUCGAGAUUGAGCUUGCGUACAGCAUGGCGAUCAAGGAGCUGGCCGCGCGCCCAGACCACUUGGCCCGACCCAAGCGCACAUUGCACGGAGAGCCCGUCGAGAACGGCACCGCGCUUCGCUACCGCCCAGGCUGCAUGUACCUGCUGGCUGAGUCUCGCCAGCCACGCACUCGACUCGCCGAGGCUGGUCGUCCUGCGCUAUCCGACAUUGCGUCUGAGUCAGCCCACAGCUCGCCCGCGCUCAACUACACACCCGUGCUCAACCAGUCGCCUCGCGUCUUCAAGGUGCCGUCUGCCACCGAUUCCGAGCGUUCUCUCUCCGUGUCUGCGUCGCUUCUCAUGACGCCUUCGAGACUGGAUUGUGCUGAGGACGCACCAUGCGCAACACCUGAUGUCUCUUCGCCAUUUGCUGGACCUAUCCACGUCCCAGGAAACGACAUGUUCCGCGACACACGUCAGAACACAGCCGUCAAUAAGCUUGCUCGUCUGGUCGACACAAAGUGUGGUGGUGUUGCUUUCAAGGUUACCACUGAGUUGGAGGACGAUCGUUGUGUUGUGCGGAUUAAGCUUCCCAAACGAUACCUCGACUACAUGCCUCAAGAAACACCUGUUGCUGAAUCCUUCUCUGAAGACAGCACGAUGACGGUGGGAAGGGACGAUACCCUUGCCGCCUAUGAUGCCUCACCGGCUCAUUCACCGAGGACCGACGACGUUACUCUGACCGUCACGGACUUUUCUCCUCUCAUGGAUUUCGAUGAUGAUACCCUCGUGGUUUCCGAUUUCUCUCCUUAUGGUCGCGACAUGUCACCGCACCAGAACCAGCCACAGGCUGUUGAUUCCUUGCUCCCACAAGAAGUGGUUGAAGCCCCAUCUACGCCAAUGGCGCACAAUACUCAGCCUCAGUCACAGGCAAUACAUUCAUCGCUCCCACAAGAAGUGGUUGAAGCCCCAUCUACGCCAAUGGCGCACAAUAUUCAGCCCCAGUCACAGGCAAUAAAUUCAUCGCUCCCACAAGAAGUGGUUGAAGCGCACGACACACAGCCCCCGUCACAGGCUGUGGAACUAUACGACCAGCUCCCGCACAUGGCGGUCGACGCUACGGCUCCGGACAGUCCUGGCCGCGCCUACCUGCGCGCCUUCAUCUCGAAGUCCAAGCCUGCCCUGGCGCGCGCGCCACUGGGCGAAAGAAGCCCCAAUGCCUCCCCCAGUCCCCCCAAGCGCAAGCUGGAGGACAAGCCGGAGCACGACAAGGAGAACGAGCCAGAGCACGACAAGGAGAACGGCAGAGACGCGAAGAAGCCGCGCCUCACAAAGGCGGCGCCCACCACACCCUCCAAGCCGCCUCCCCGUAGAUCGGUGCGAGCGCGCGCGCAGCCUGGCCCAGCUGCCUCUACCAAGUCCGCCAUACCCACCGCCGUCAAGGUCGGAAAGGCGCCCACUCUGAGCGCCAUGCGGCUGGAGCAGGCCGAAUUGGCCCGCCGCACCAGCGCCAACACGCGCAGGAACCGCGGCAAGGGUGACUCGCUCGAGGUUGUCCAGGCUAGGUACCUCGAGGCUCACUCGAGCUCCUCCCCCUCGGAGAAUGACGAGUCCGAGCGCACCAGCACCAGCACUCAGGGCGUGGUGUGGAAAGAACCCCUCGAGGAGUUCGCCCCGGCCGUCAAGGCUGUCGCGGCAGCGAAGAAGGCUGCCACCCCCAAGCCCAAGAAGGCCAAGAAGGCCACCGUGGCCCCCUCCGCCAGACCUGGCACCCCUCGUGUCACCAGGUCGCGAACGCGGUCUCAAAUGGUAUGACUAUCAUGUUGUGUUGGAGUUUGCUUACUACUGUUUUUUCUGGCAUGGAUUAUUUCGCGGUCGUUUGUGUGGUUUGGUUGAGCAUGGAUUAUCUCGCGAGCGUUUUUGGAUCGGUUGGAAAGUUUUGUGGCAUUGCGUCGGCGUUGUAUCAUGGAAAUACCCCUAUUGUUGUUUUGGUUUGAAAGUUUUUGCUCGCCCGGAUGAGGCUUGAGCAGUUGUACGGAAAGAUGAAGCAGUUGGCGCCGCUAUGGCGCCCAGAUAGACAACGUUUCAAAAAU